CAGUCUAUGUGCUGUCUGCUUCUGGGGCUGUACAUAACAAGGAGGCAUAAGCGAUUUCUCUCAACACAACUUUUUUUCCAAACGUAAUUCACUUUACGCUGCUACCUGCUUGAGCUUGGUUAUGUAUAGCCAAGUUUGGCAGAGAGGGCAAAGGUCAACUCGAUUGUAUAAGGUGCUACAAUGUGCAAAGUUCCUUGACCAGAAUGAAUGUGGGUGUGGCGCACAGUGAGGUGAACCCAAACACUCGGGUGAUGAACAGUCGAGGGAUCUGGCUGACCUAUGCACUGGGUGUUGGAAUACUUCACAUUGUACUCUUGAGCAUACCCUUCUUCAGUGUGCCGGUGGUGUGGACUUUAACUAAUGUCAUACACAACUUUGGAAUGUAUGUUUUUAUGCACGCAGUCAAGGGAACGCCUUUUGAGACCCCUGACCAAGGAAAAGCCAGACUUCUCACACACUGGGAACAGCUCGACUAUGGCGUGCAGUUCACUUCAUCCAGAAAAUUCUUCACAAUCUCCCCAAUAAUUCUAUACUUCCUGACGAGUUUCUACACAAAGUACGACACAACACACUUCAUCAUAAACACUGCUUCACUUUUGAGUGUCCUGAUCCCGAAGCUGCCACAGCUACAUGGAGUGAGAAUUUUGGGCAUCAAUAAGUAUUAAGUUUGAUGUAAAUGCUGUGCCUCCUGCUGCAGAUGUGAAUUCCAGUAUAGUCUAUACCGCCGAUGUGUGAGUUGUGCAGUUUGUGUAAUUGUAACUGUCGUCAUCUAGAUCGACCAAGUUUAGGAUGAAAUGUUUUAGGUGUGUAGAUGACAGAAUGCCACAUACGUUAUUAAUUUAUGUCAAUAUUUAAUGGUGUUUUUUUAUAGCUCAUGGGCUGGCCCAGGCAUCAGUAAGGCUGAAGGUUGAGUUAAUUUAAUUUUUUCUCUGUCUUUAAUUCACAUGAUGCGAAAGUGUGACUCUGUUUCCAGCCACAAAGGUGUCCCAAAUGUAUUUUUCAAAGAUGUUUACUCUCUAAUGGUAGGAGCCUGUGGCUCAUUUUUUAAUGGGUGUCAGACUUCAUGCUGAGUAAUGAAUAAAGUCGUACUCUUAAUGUUCAUAAUUUGCUUGGUACAUGAAUCAUUUUGCAUUUGUAAAUUAAUUGAAACAGGGCAGUUGUUUGUCAUUGUACAGUUUGUGAAUGUUCUCUGUUUGAAAUAAAAGUCCUGUAUGUAAAAAUG